CAACAUGCGGUGUAUUUUCAUCCACUUAACACAAUGAACUUUCUCUCCCAAAAACUUCUUCCUUCAUCGAAAUCUUCUCUCAAAUUUCUUUCGGUCGUUAUAGUUUUGUUCUUUUACAGCCAUGCUGCUGCUGUGAAACUACCAAACAACGAAAAGAUUCCGGCACUGAUUGUUUUCGGAGAUUCAAUAGUGGAUCCUGGAAACAACGACAAUAUUGGCACUAUAGUCAAAUGCAACUUCCCACCUUAUGGGAGGGACUUUAUAGGAAAACGGCCUACUGGAAGGUUCAGCAAUGGCAGAGUUCCCUCAGACUUGAUAGCUGAAUCAGUUGGAGUGAAAAAUAUUUUACCAGCUUAUUUGGAUCCAAAUGUGAAGAUUGAAGACCUACUUACUGGUGUAAGUUUUGCCUCAGGUGGUUCAGGAUAUGAUCCUCUCACUCCCCAAAUUGUGUCUGUCCUAUCAUUAUCAGAUCAACUAGACCUGUUCAAAGAUUACAUACGCAAGAUAACUGCAGCAGUGGGGGAGGAGAGCGCGGCAACUAUAGUAUCAAAAAGCAUAUACAUUUUGUGCAUAGGAAGCGACGACAUUGCAAAUACUUAUUUAUCUACACCAGUGAGGAGACCUUACUAUGACAUUCCAGCGUACACCGAUCUCAUGAUUAACUCGGCUUCAAGCUUCUUACAGGAACUUUAUGGACUCGGAGCAAGAAGAAUUGGAGUAAUAAAUCUGCCGGCAAUCGGGUGUGUGCCGUCACAGAGAACACUGGGUGGAGGCAUAAAUAGGGAUUGCUCCGAGACUGCUAACCAAGCGGCCCGCCUCUUCAACUCCAAGCUCUCGGCCAAAAUAGAUGCCUUCAAUAAGAGGCUUCCACAAGCGAGGGUUGUCUACCUUGAUAUCUACUACACAUUGCUUUCCCUCAUACAAAACCCUACUCAAUAUGGAUUUGAAGUGGCGAAUAAGGGCUGCUGUGGAACAGGAAACAUCGAGGUUAGCGUCCUGUGUACUCGUUAUUCUCCGGGAACCUGCAAUGAUUCAUCGAAAUACAUAUUCUGGGACAGCUAUCAUCCCACAGAGAAGACAUAUGAGAUCCUUGUCCCUCUGGUUUUCGAUACGCAAAUUCGUAAAUUCUUCUGAUCAUCAGCUUCUCAGUCUCUCACGUCUCAAGUUUCAAGUCUCAACAAUCAAUAAAUUGGCAAGCCAGCUUAAUGUGUUGUAUUUCUACUAUUCUGUAUUGUCUUCAUUGUCGUACUUUUCGAUUGUAUUAAUGUGCACAAAAUUGUUAAUACAAUCUUACGGUGUGUGAACAAAAAGAUGAAAUAUGGAUUUACAGCCUUCAGAUUUGUACGUAAUAAACGGAUUAGAAAUCCAAUUUCGAAAAA